CCGAGACAAGCGUUCGGUCGUAGCAAAUCAAUAAUUUGUUUUAUGAUAAAUUAUAUAUUUUGACACACAAUCGACAAUGAGUUUCGAAAACAAAGUGAUAAUUGUAACUGGUGCUAGCUCUGGAAUAGGAGCUGCUACAGCCAUACUAUUUGCUAAAGAAGGAGCCAAUGUCGUCAUGGUUGGAAGAAACGAGACAAAAUUGAAAAAUGUUUCUGAUAGUUGUGCUCAAGUUGGAAAGAGACCUCUAGUUAUCAUCGCUGACGUAUCCAAAGACGAAGACGCGAAGAGAAUAGUGAAAGAAACUAUCGAUAAAUUUGGAAAACUCGAUGUGUUGGUCAACAAUGCUGGCUGGAGUAAAUCUGGAACCAUUCUUGAUGGUUCAAUCCUUAAGUCCUACGAUGAUACAUUCAGCGUUAACGUUCGAGCUGUCGUCCAUCUUACAGCAUUAGCUGCUCCUCAUCUUGUCAAAAGUAAAGGAAAUAUUGUCAACGUUUCUAGUAUUGCUGCAUUGACAACCCCAAAAGCUUCAAAUAUGAUUGCAUAUUUCGUCUCUAAGGCAGCUCUAGACCAUUUCACUCGAGGGGCUGCGAAUGAACUGGCACCUUCAGGAGUAAGAGUGAACUCAGUCAAUCCGGGCCCAGUUGUGACGGAUUUUAUGAAAAACCAAGGGCUAGAUACUAAAUUCGAAGACUUUACAUAUCUUACAGCAUUGGAUAGAGUGUCACAACCAGAUGAAAUAGCGAAUAUGAUUGAAUAUUUAGCUGGAGAGAAAGCUGUUGGUAUUACUGGAUCUAUAUUUGUGGUGGACAAUGGAAUGCUAUUAAAGAUGUAAUACUUAAAAUCUUUUGUUUCUUGAUAAUGUUCCUUUUUUGAUUGUGUAAGAAGUAUAAAUGAGACUUCCGUUCAUAUUUUUAUAAUAUUAAUUGACUUUUUAAUUUUGUGAUGUUAGUUAAAUACACAUUUUCAUAAUCUGGUAAUAAAAUAUUUUUUGUUUAAUGUAUUUAUUUUCCGGUGGAUGCCUGUAUUGCUCUUUGGUUGACGUACUUAUAUACAUCUCUACCUUCCCCUUCGGCGAUACUGGCUUGAUGCUUUGUUAUAUAUUAAUAUUAUUUGUAGACCCAUUAUCCAUUGAAUGACCAGUUUCUUUGUUUUUAGGUCGCGCCUCUUGUCUAUAUCAAACACGAGUACUAUUGUUUGAUACUGACGUUGUUGUUUGAUAAUGAUUGUCCCUCUUCUUGUAAUCAU